CCUUCUAUUUCUUUUCUAUCAAGUCAAAUGCCUUACUAUGCAUUUGAGUAUUCUUUAGACUCUAACUGGACUAUACCUGUGUUUAGUUACGCUGGUUAUAAAAACUUCAACUACUCGGUUGUAUCCGUUUCAACAAUUCCUAGCGCUGGAGAAUCUAUUUUUUUCAUCUCCGAAUUUUCUAUUGAUUCUACUUCUCAAAACUAUCUUCUAACGGUGCUUGGCAACGAAAUGUUCUAUGUUUAUUUGAAUGGCGAGUUUGUUGAAGCCCAACAAUAUCCCAUUUACAUUAAUAGGAGUAUUUCCAUAUCCAGUGGUGGAAAGCUUCGUUUGGCAGCUCAAGUUGUAAGCUCUGCAGUUCAUAAACCGUUCUUAUACGUCAAGAUGAUAGGUCAGCAAGAUGGCAAAUAUUAUCUUCAUUCCACUUCGAAUCCAAGUGCUUGGAACUGGUACGUAAAUGAAGCAAAAGCAGUUCCAGGAAUGAUCAACAUUACGAUGGCUAUGGAGACCAGAGAACUAUACGAAGUAGGUACUACUGGUGUGAGUGUAUUUAACACUUCCUACUCGCAUGAUCGAUGGCCUGUCGCUCAAACACAUAACUUUUAUAAAUUAUUUUCAGAAGAAAUUCAAGUUAUUGGACCAGGUGAAGAUCGACAGCCGUUUGGAACAUACUUCGUUUUCUCACAGUUUGAAAUUGACACAACUGGCAGUUACAAAGUAACCUUGAGGGCAGAAGAUGGAGCGUACGUUUACUUGGAUUCAAAAAGGUUCGCAACUAUCGUUAAGAGUGAUAACCUUACUAGUUAUACAACAACCUUAACGAGCGGAACUCACGUUUUAGUGGCUCAGGUUAUGAACAACGGACAAGGCAACUUGGAGGUUUUGCCCAACGGUUCAGGUCUUGGUUAUACUGGUUUUCUUUGUCGUAUACUAUCCUUCAGUAUUACCGAGUGGUUAUCUUUGAAUAAAGCUUCAGCUUUUCCUCAUCAGCAAAUGUAUCUUAGCGAUUAUUACCACUUUGAAGUAUUAUUUGCAAUUGCUAUUCUGUCAAAACUGAGCAGCAGUUGGGGACGGUUCCUGUCCUGUCAUUCCUAUUCCAUCAUGAGAGACAAGGUGCUUCUGAGUGGAAUGACUUUUUUUGGUCGACACGGAGUGGCAAAGGCAGAAAAUGAGCUUGGUCAGAAGUUUGAAGUAGACAUAGAAAUUAGCGCCGACUUGAAACAAGCAGGAAACACCGACCGUCUGGAGCACACAAUCAACUAUGCUGAAGUUUAUUAUUUAGUAAAGCACAUUGUUGAAGGGGAGCCCCACAAGUUGAUAGAAAGUGUUGCUGAGGAUGUAGCGAAAAGAAUUUUAUCACAGUAUGAAAGGGCCAUGGAUAUUCGAGUUCGUGUCAUGAAACCAGCUGUAGCAGUUCCGGGGAUGGUAAAAGGUUUAGGAGUGGAAAUUUAUAGAAGUCGACAAGAUUUUUUGAGCAACAAAAGUAACUCUAUGACCACUAAUGAAGAAAUAUCAUCUUGAAGACCCUUUUUCUCAAUUGCACUUUAUGUUUCUUUUAAAAUUUGUUGAGCAAAUUGUCUAAUUUCCCUGAGAGUUACUUGUG